CAGCUCAUGUAAGUCAAAGCCAUUACAGAGGCUUCUGCUGAAAUCUGCAGGUCUGCUAGCAGAAUUUGCAGUCUUUUGAGCAGUCAGAAAUCUUGAACCCUAUCUGCAAUUUAUCUACUAACUUGUGCUACAAUGAGGGCGUUGUGGAUUUCAUUUCUGCUGAUUGGGAGCAUUGCCUGUGUUCCUACAGGGAAAAAAUUUAGUGCAAACAAUGCCGACCCAAGCUCCAUGAUGCGGCUGCCAUUUUCUUAUGGAUAUGGGUACAGUGGAAUGGGGGUGAGUUCGGACUCAGGCAGCAGCUUCCCUCAACCAAGUCUAUCCAACCCAAGCUCUGACAAAGCUGCUGAACUUCCUGCUCCACAAGAUGCCAUUUCCAGUGCUGGGGCUGGCAGUUACAGUGGCUCUCCAGUAUACUACAGCGGUGCCAACAUGGCUGCCGGUAAUGCGUUUUAUGGUGGCUAUGCUAGUUCUGGGGAUGAACGGUAUGGCUAUGACAACAGUGCUCCAAGUGGUGGCUAUGGUUCAGUGGGGGACAGCUAUGAUGGUGGUGACGAAAACUCUGAGCCGGUCUUCAGUGACGUGUCUGAUCUGGAGCCAGUCUACUCCUUCAGUUCUCGUUCAAGCUACCAGAGAGGAAGAGCAGUGUUUGCUCAAACCCGCUACAGCCCAGAAGAGCCUGUUCCCCAGAUAAUGCCAGUAUCCAGACGCAUGAGCAAAACUUCUAAACCACGUAGUCCUGCUAAAGCUCCAACCAAGGGUGGCUUCUAAAGACCCUCUGGUUCCAGAUGACUGCUCAUUGUACUAAAUGACCUGAUGAUAAUAAACUGGCUUGUCUUAA